AAGUCCUGCUUUAAUAUGGUCAAAGAACAGCCUUCUGUAUGCAAGCUUCACAAUGAAGAGGAUAAUUCUGAGUCAUCUGCUGUAGAGCAGCCAUCGACUUCAGACGCAGCACUGCAGAGCGUUCAGGCUGCUCCUUCAGCAUCAGUACUUGAAACGGACUCUUCUCCUCCACCUUACAGUAGUAUUACUGUGGAAGUACCUACAACUUCAGAUACAGAAGUUUACAGUGAGUUUUAUCCUGUGCCACCUCCCUACAGUGUCGCUACCUCCCUUCCUACAUACGAUGAAGCUGAGAAGGCCAAAGCUGCUGCCAUGGCAGCCGCAGCAGCAGAGACAGCCCAGAGAAUUCAGGAGGAAGAGUGUCAACCAAGAGAUGACUUUAGUGAUGCAGACCAGCUCAGAGUGGGUAAUGAUGGGAUUUUCAUGCUGGCAUUUUUCAUGGCAUUUAUUUUCAACUGGCUUGGAUUUUGUUUAUCCUUCUGUAUCACCAAUACCAUAGCUGGAAGGUAUGGUGCCAUCUGUGGAUUUGGACUUUCGUUGAUCAAAUGGAUUCUUAUUGUUAGGUUUUCUGAUUAUUUUACUGGAUAUUUCAAUGGACAGUAUUGGCUUUGGUGGAUAUUUCUUGUACUUGGCCUGCUGCUUUUCUUCAGAGGAUUUGUUAAUUAUCUAAAAGUCAGAAACAUGUCUGAAAGUAUGGCAGCUGCUCAUAGAACAAGAUAUUUCUUCUUAUUAUAGAGACUGCAUCGACCAGACAUUCUUUUCUUAAACCAAUGUGAAAUUUCCAGAUCAUCUGUAAACCUACAACUUUAAUAGGAUAGAAGACUAUUAAAAGCAGAAGACAAAUUAGUGAAGAAAAGAUAGAUCUUCAAAAUUGAAUGGCAGGAUGGUUUAUGCUUAAAAGCCAUUUCUGUUCAUUCUCUUAAAUAUUUAAAUUUCAUUUGUUUUGCACAUUUGCGUAUGUGCCCAUGUAAAAGAUUUGCGUAUACUUGAAAGAAACUAUAAAGUUGUAGCAGUCAAGUCCAGUUAAUCAGUGUUUGAUCUAAUUGAAAGGGGUGAGUGAGAAACAGUCUUCCAGCAUGUAAAUGCCAUUGACUUCUGACCUGACAUUUAGUAUAAUAAAAAUGAAAUUAUUAACCAUGUCAAAUGCUUUAGUUUCUGGCUCCUAGAUUCAUCUAGUAACUCUACACAUGAAACGCCCUUUAUAUAGUUUUUUGAAAACUGCUGUGCUGAUUAUAGAAAAGCUUUGUCAGAUUUUUGAACAUGAUAUUUACAUUAUUAUUUAGCAAACUCCUUCUGUAAAUAACCAUGCAUAAAUUACUUUCUGCAUUGUUUUCUUAGAAACUGUGUCUGGAUAUCUUUUCAAUUAAUUUAAAAUUAAGUGAACUUAAUAUAUAGAGAAAAUCUGAAUGUUAAAGAUAGUUUGUUUUAGGACAGAUUUUAAGAAGAUAUGGGUAUUCCACAUGUCCUUUAAGAGAACAUCUUUUUGUUGUUUUCUUUUUAAGGAACAUGCCAGGUUUAGGGAUUCUCAGUCGAGAAGCUUGGUUUUUAAGAUUGCCAUCUUAGAGAAUCUUGCAGGAAGAGAUUGUAUUAGAUAUUAUAUUUAUUUCAUUUAAGACACUUUUGAAAAUUAAUUUUCUGAAUAAGAUAUUCUCAUUUGCAUUUGUCUUUUAAAAAGCCAAUAAAAGUAUCUUUCAAUUUUCA